UAAAGUUCAUCAUCUCUAUAUCGCAUUCUUAAAUUAAUAAAAACACAAAUAUUCUAGAUCACUUGUGUCAUUUUUACCCACUUCUGUCUGCUUGAAGUGGAUAAAGUUGAGUAAAUUAUUGCACCUCAUGACGGGAACAAUAAAUUGAUGUCGAAAGAUAAGAACAGUUAAAUGAUAUUAUUAAGAAUUGAAAAUAUUUGUGAGACUUCAGGGUAUUCAUAUGAUGUGAUCUUGUUGUUAGUCCUACACACUCUGCUAUCUCUCUUGCUCUCACACAAAUGUCCACUGAAUGGAAAAGAACAGUACUAAAUUGUUAUCGCCUGUCCGGUAUAAUCUACAAGUGUGAUAAUAACAGUCGAAAACUCUUAAAGGUAAAAUAAAAAAACAAUGGAAGUGACAAUCACUUCUUACCUAGUACGAAUCAACUCAAGACAGUAAGUCUAACAGACGUCCGUGAGUCCGGUUGAAUUAACACCAUCGCAGUAAUGUGUCGAAUUUUAUAGUAGUUUUUAUAGCGGCGCGAUAAGAAAAGAUUAGAGUGUGGCUAAGUUAUUUAUGGUUUUCCAUUCAAUUUUAAUCGCAACAAAAAGAAAACUAACUGAGAAAGUGAAUAAAAGUAAAAAAGAAUAAUAAUGCAUGAAUCAGUUAAAUCUCGCUCAUCAACGCCCCAGCUGGAGUACUUGAAAACUGGACAGUCUGACGUUUUACAACUUCUGCAAAAGUGGAACUUAAUGGAAUUACAAAAGACUUUCAAAGAUCAUGAUAUAACCCUACGCUCUCUAAUGUACCUGAACGAAGCGGAUAUUAACGAACUAAUACCUAAAAUUGGUUUACGAACAAUAUUUCGUGCCCUUUUACAAGAAUGGAGAGAAACACAAUGUAAUACAGGAAAUGCCUACAGUCAAGUACAAAGCUCAUAUCUGGAUAAUGAAUCAUUUUUGGAACAAAUUGAAUUGAAAACUGAAUGUAAUUCAGAGGAUUUGGAGAGGGAUACAACAGAUCAAGCGCUUUCUGAACGAUCAUUCAAUUCCGAAUAUCAACAUCAAGUACAGGAUGAAAACAACAAUGAUAGAAUACAUGUUCUCCAAGCGGAUCCUAAAUAUAAACAGGCUAAACAAACUUUUUCGAAAACAUACCAAGGCGAAAGAUUUAUUGUUGUCGAUAUUUUGAAACGAUACACCGAAGGCCAAGCAAUCUUAGAGUUUUAUAAAACAAAUCAAUUCUUGGACAUAAAAAAUCGCAAACGUAUUGUCAACAUUCUAAUACGGGAAGUUGUCGAAUCCAAAGUCGCCAAAUAUACCGCCAUAUUUCAUGAUAUGGCCCGACAGCUCAUUGAGCUAUUUCCCACUGAAAAAUAUGAAACAUAUUUUGUACCCCACUCUGGAUCCCAAUCGGCAAGAGGCGCCUUGUAUUAUCGUUAUUCAAAUUAUACACGACAGUUACGCAAAGAGGGUCUUUUGGCCUACAAGAAGUCAAAACCUCGGACAGUUACAAAAUAAAACAAGCAAAAAACAAAAAUUUUGACCGGCCCGAACUUUUAAUACCCUCCAGCUUUGGGUAAAGAAAACAUUUUUAUCUAAAAGUAUCUGAAUUUAAUCGUGUUCCACUUUAAACUGCAAAUAC